UUGCCCGCGCAGGUUCGAAUCCUGCCGUCCACGCUUUUUCAUUUUUUUUCCUCCCUUUUUCGUUGCACCUUUUGCUUCUUCCUAUAACACCAUAAAUCAUUGAAGAACCAAAGAACACAAUCAUAUAAUAGAAUGAAAUAAUAUAUGAAAUGUAUAACCAUAAAUUCACAUUUACAUCAACAAUAACACAAUAAAUUCAUAUGAGUAUCUUGAAUGUAAUAAAACAAUGCAAAUCAAUCAAACAACUCCACCAAAUCCAUGCUCACAUAAUCACCAUUGGUCUUUUACCACACCACAAACUCGCAAUCUUAAACAACAUAAUUUCCACUUUCACUUCCUUAAUCUCCAAAAACAACAACAAAACAUGUUCCAAUUUAUCUCUAACAACCUAUGCACUUUCCCUCUUCAAUUCAAUUCCAAAUCCAACAACUUUCACUUACAACACUCUCAUCAGAAUCAACACUCUCCUCUCUUCUCCUUACUCUGCCGUCCAAAUCUUUUCAUCUCUCCGCCGUCUUUGUCUUCCUCUUGAUUUUCACACUUACCCUUUAAUCCUCAAAGCCUGUUCUCAAAUCCAUUCAUUGUCUCUUGCUCAGUGUCUUCACUCACAAGUAAUCAAAUUUGGUUUUCUUGCUGAUUUGUUUGUUCUUAACUCGGUUAUCCGUGUUUACUCGGUUAAUGAUCGUGUAAAUGAUGCCCAUAAGGUGUUCUGUGAAUGUUCUUAUAGAGAUGUUGUUUCUUAUAAUGCUAUGAUUGAUGGGUUUGUUAAAAGUUUUCAUCUUGAUCGUGCACGUGAACUGUUCGAUGAAAUGCCUCAAAGGAAUGAAGUUUCUUGGGGGACUAUGAUAGCGGGUUAUAGUCAUGGUAAAUUGUGCCGUGAAGCUAUUCAACUUUUUAAUGAGAUGAUUAGUUUGAAUUUUGUACCGGAUAAUAUAGCAUUGGUUUCGGUUUUAUCAGCUUGUGCUCAGCUAGGGGAACUAGAACAGGGUAGGUUUGUUCAUGAUUACAUAACAAGGAAUGGGAUUCGAGUUGAUUCGUAUUUGACAACUGGGUUGGUGGAUUUAUAUGCAAAAUGUGGUUGUGUUGAGAUUGCAAGGGAAAUAUUUGAGUCAUGCAAAGAUAAAGAUGUGUUUACAUGGAAUGCUAUGCUUGUUGGUUUUGCUAUUCAUGGGGAAGGUUUAAUUUUGUUGGACUAUUUUUCUAGAAUGGUUGCUGAAGGGGUUCAGCCUGAUGGGAUUAGUUUCUUGGGUUUGUUGAUUGGGUGUAGUCAUGCUGGUUUGGUUAGUGAAGCUAGAAAGUUUUUCAAUGAGAUGGAAACUGUGUAUGGUGUUGCUAGAGAAUCUAAGCAUUAUGGGUGCGUGGCUGAUAUGUUGGCAAGGGCUGGGUUGAUUGAUGAAUCAGUGGAGUUGAUAAAAGGGAUGCCAAGUGGGGGUGAUGUGUUUGCAUGGGGUGGUUUGUUAGGUGGGUGUAGGAUACAUGGGAAUGUUGAGAUUGCAAAGCAAGCAGCUCAACAGGUAAUGGAGAUAAAGCCUGAAGAUGGUGGGGUUUAUUCUGUCAUGGCUAAUAUUUAUGCUAACACAGAGCAAUGGGAUGAUUUAGUUAAGAUUAGGAGAUCAUUGGGUGCUAACAGAAGAGCUAAGAAAAUUAUUGCCUCUAGUUUGAUUAGACUCAACAGGAAUUAACAAGAUGCCAAGAUGAUUAUUUCCUUUUGCACUCUUGGUGAUUAUUUAGAUUUAUUUAUUAGUUUUUAUAUUAAUAGUUAAUGAAUUAUUGAGAUUUAAGCAAUCACCUGUAUAUUUAUUUGUUGCAUAUCACCUACACUUUUGUUAAAUUAUUUUCUUGACGUAACGAUGUCAUUUUUAUAUAGUUUAUUUGAUUUGAUGCAAUGGUACAUAGCUCCCUUAUGACACUAA